ACCAAAUUAAGUAAGAAAGAACUUCAACAUUAUCCAACGAUACAUGUACCUUUCCCUUCUCUUUCUCUUCGACAGGCAGCCAUGUCCAGAGGAACAGAAAAGCUAAUAAAGAGUGUGAAGCAAUUCGCAGAUAACCAAUACAAGUUCUUCACAACUAGAUAUGGGCAACAAGUGAUUGACAUUUUGGAGUUUCCUAUAAAAGUAGUGCUCUCUCCUUUCACUCUUGCCUUUGACAUUGCUGGCUCCGCUCCUCGUGGCUUUGGCAUCCCUGAGUUUAUCUCCAAGCUCUCCUACACUUCUGUCUUUGCUAUUGCUGCUUUAGGAACCUAUGAUAUUGCAUUAGAGCUGGGAAAGAAGGUGAUAUGUCAAAGGAACUGUCGAACCUGCAAUGGAUGGAUGGCUUUGCGGUGUACUAUGUGCAAAGGAUCAGGGAAGGUGCACUACCAAGUGAAAAAUUACACCUUGAGAAGUGGGGAGAAGGCAACUGCAGAAUGUGUUGCAGAUGCUAUUGCUGAUAAUCGAGCAGAGCUGGUGCACCUUCCAUCCUCUAUUGAUCUUAAUACACCAUUGCCAUCUAAAGACUGCCCAACUUGUGAUGGAACGGGAGUAAUGCACUGUCCUGAAUGCAAGCACAAAUUACAAGUCAGGAUCUCUGCAGAUGAUAUAAUGGAACCUCCAUGGAAAGCCUAUAAUAUCCUAAGGAAGAUGGACUAUCCAUAUGAGCACAUAGUUCACAGCAUGAAAGACCCCAGCAUUGCAGCAUUUUGGUUGCUUACGCUGCCUCAGAUUGUGGGUGGAUUUGACUAUGAUGAUGAUGUGAAGCAGAAAAUUUGGUGGCAAUACAAGGAAUCUAUGCGGUAUGAUCAACUUCGAGAUGUGGUGGCCAAGCGAAAUCCUGGCUGGGAGCACUUGCAGGAAGCCUUGAUUGCCAUAGAUCCUGUCCGUGCUAGAGAUGACCCUGUUGUAGUGAAAAAUAUCCCUUAUUACAAGGCCAAGAAGGCAUUGGAGGCAGAAGUGAUGAAACUUGAUCCUCCUCCACGGCCACAGAAUUGGGGUAAGCUGGACCUUCCCCUAAAUGCAUCUUCCUGGAGUGAAGACGACCUUAAAGAUCCAGCAAAACUGUAUGAAAUGACUGUUCUUCUUAAUGCUCAAAGAGAAAUUGCUGAUAAACUUUUAGAUACUCAGUGGGAAACAAAAUGGCGUCAAGAGAAGUUAAAUGAGAUGUUGGAGGAGAAGGUGCGUCCAUACAUUCAGAACAUUGAUAAUAGUCUCCUUCCUCAGCCAAUUGUAAUACAAUCCCAAAAUCGAAAUCAAAAGAGGGCUAGGCGAAGGAGAUGGUUAUUUUUCUAAAUCAUUCCACCCAUCUUUGUAUCUGGUCACCACAUUGGCUAUACUUCUCCCAUUUUCCAUGUUGUAUAUUUUUAUUUAGGCAUGAAAGUUAUACUAUGCUUUUUCAAAUCCCAAACCAUUGAUUAUUGUUUUUAAUGUAAUGAGUAUUGCUUGCCCCUUACAAUAAGCAUAGGGAUAUGUAGAGUCAAACAUGGUUAAGGUUUCGUUCCAAAAACCAGUCUUUUUCUACAUGGGAAAUAAUUAAAAUGACAUGUUGAAUCGGUCCAUUUGGAUUU